CGUCCUCCAUACAUCCAUCACACCAUCACGACCAGAGCGGAUACGGACCCGUCCAUGGUGGGUAUGACUUCUCCUAUUAAGGAUGGUGAUGCCACGGCGUCGACGAAGCACCAACCAACUGAUACCAAGAAUGAGAUUCUCAACAUUACCGACGUUAGAACCGAUGCACACGUUGCAGCUACCUCUACUGGAAACAGAGAUCAAGUCAACGGCAACCAAACUCAUACGCAGACUCACAGCAACUCGCACAAUACAGUGAUCAACUUCAGUCUUAUCGGUCUUUAUAUAGACUCUGCAGGCCUCUUGUGUACCCUGGGCCUGUCUGUACCACAACAGAGUUUGGGGGUUCCGGUUCCGGUUCCCCGAUGGCAGGGCUUCUUGAGCUACAAACGUUUGGUCAUCAUGUCGGUAUGCUUGGCAUCAAUCUGGCAGCUCUCCAGGCUCUUGGGUGUGCCACUUAUGAGUUGAGCACAUACAUAUGCAGUGAUGCAUGGGGGUGGCUAAAUCGCUCGACCAUUCGUGCCGUGCCGUUAUCGUCCGUGCUCUCGUCAUGAGAUCAGAGCAAGGUGUGUUGGCUGAGAACCUGAGACUGCUGUCUCCGAAUACCCCUCACAUGAAGACGAAUGAGAAAGUCGGGGGACGGAUGAGUGAAAUCGCAUUACUCAGGAAGCUUUGGAUUAUCGAAGUCCUCUAUAAGUAUGAGGGAGGACUGAAAUGAAAGGGAAUUUGGGAGGAUAAAAGUUAAUUACUAUUGUUUGUGUUUUUAGGGACGGAUUGUUUGGCCUGUCUUCACUUUAUCGUACAUAUUCUUAUCACAAAACAUUCACAUCACGCAUGUCUCACGAGGCACACCUUUGGCUGUCAGAUCGAUACCGCAGCUGAACAAUCUAUUGGUCAUAUAUGAUAUUGAGGCCAGCCUGGAGCUCGCAUACAUCACACAGCCACUCCCAUUUGAUCUUCAGCUGAAGCCAGGAAGUCUUCGAUUAUGGCAUGCAAGUCAUCAAAUGUCGCCUGUACUUUGACAGUCGCGGAAUUGAUCUCUAUAUCUAUCCCUGAGCGUACUGACUUGUAGGAUAUGUGUGACCUGAUUUGAGUCAUUUCGUUGUCUCUUAUCUCCUUGUGCGACUCAUGCGUUUCAUUGGCGCGGGUGCUGUGUUGAUUGUGAUGUGUGAUCGGCACGAUUGCGGUUAUUCGUCGGAGCUACCAUCGUUGUAAUAAGCCUUCGAAUUCCUUUCUUGAUGGAUGAUAUGAGUUGCUCCUGAUGAAAGAAAAGCAAAGCACUCUUAUUUUAUACCAUAGAUAAUAGAUUAUAUGCAUAUUAUCCGAC